UAAAGCUACAGUUCUUAGAAUAGAAUAUUCAGUAAAUACACUGCCUUAAGCCCCUUACAGAGGGGUCCAAACCAAUUCGAGAUGAAGUGUUUUUUGCUGUUGGUGAUUGUAGGAAGCUUCCUAAUUGUACCUCUGAACAGUAAUCCUGUUAGUCUUUCGCGCUCAAAGAGAUCCUUUAGUAGCCAACCCAAAGGAUACUGGAGCAAAAAGUUGACAUGGAAAACCGAGUGGGUAAAAGUUUGGAAGCAAGAGAAAAAGCUCAAGUGGGUUUCCGAGUGGAAGAAGACCCAAGUACCUGCAUGGAAAGAAGUCCAGGUCCCAAUUUGGAAGGAAAUACAAGUUCCCGAUUGGAAAGUGAUUUCUAAACCAAUAUGGAAGGAAAUUCAAGUUCCAGCAUGGAAAGAGAUACAAGUUCCUGAUUGGAAGGAAGUGAAGGUUCCGGCUUGGAAGGAAAUAAAGGUGCCUGAUUGGAAAGAAAUUCAAGUGCCAGAUUGGAAAGAGGUUCAAGUUCCGGCUUGGAAGCAAAUUUGGAUUCCAAUCUGGAAGGAAGUUCAAGUGCCUGCUUGGAAAGAAAUCCAAGUUCCUGAUUGGAAGAAGUCAUAUGCACCAGAAUGGGUAAAAGAAGGAAUCCACGGAGAGCACUAUUUGGGCAAGGACGACCACGGCAGUGAAUAUACAGCUCAUGACAUCUGGAAGAAGAAACUCAUCUGGAAACCUGUCUGGAAGAAGGUGUGGAGGACAGAAAAGAAGCAAAUCUGGGUUCCUCAAAAGAAGAUGGAGUGGAAGUCCGAAUGGAAACAAAUCUGGAAAACCGAGAAAAAACAAAUAUGGAGAACAGAAAAAGUACAGAUUUGGCGAACGGAAAAACAACAAAUAUGGAUCCCAAAGAAAGAACAAAUUUGGAGGACUGAAAAGAAACAAAUUUGGGUACCAAAGAAACAGUUGAUUUGGAAACAAGAAAAAGUUCAAAUCUGGAGAACGGAGAAAGUUCAAAAGUGGGUGACGGAGAAAAAGGAGAUCUGGAAGGACGAAUGGAAACAGAUAUGGGUUCCGGUAUGGAAAACGAUAGAAGUGCCUGCUUGGAAGAAAAUCCAAAAACCGAUAUGGGAAAAAGUGUGGGUGAGCGUGCACGUACAUGAAGACCAUCACGGUCACGGUUGGGACUAAUAUUUGUUGUUUUUUUAUUUUUCUGUACAUAAUUCUUUUGUUCUAGUACAAAAACUGUAAAAUUGUAUAUACGACAGGUCUGCCAGUGAGUUAUUUUCUUAAUAGUGUAUGCUUAGGAAUAUUGUUUGUUGUAUUUGUUUUUAUUUUUAGGUAUUAAAUAUUUUUAAAUAA